AUGGCCACGGAAACUCAUCACGCUCCUACUGUCGAGAAGGAUACCGCCAGCACGACUGGCACCGCUCCCGGUGGCGCGCACACUGUGCAUCGUUUCGAUUAUGUUGCCAACCCUUUGUAUCAUCCCGCGACCGCUGCUGAUGGCCGCCUGCCUGCCUUCGGUGGUGAGUUUCAGCCCGGUCUGUACAAGCCCGUCGCCCAUCGAAAAUUCGCCAACCCUGCUCCCCUUGGCCUCUGCGCUUUUGCCAUGACCACCUUCGUCCUAUCGCUCAUCAAUCUUCAAACACGCGGCGUUACCGCGACUAAUAUUGUCGCUCCCCUUGCCCUUGGAUAUGGUGGCCUCGUCCAGCUCCUAGCUGGCAUGUGGGAAAUGGCUGUUGGAAAUACAUUUGGUGCCACCGCAUUGUCGUCAUAUGGCGGGUUCUGGAUAUCCUACGCGAUCCUCCUCAAGCCUUCCUGGGGCAUUCUCGGCUCCGAUGGCGCGUAUGCUGCUGCCAACACGGGCGGUGACCCUCUGAUGGCCGACUCAGCUCUUGGCUUCUACCUUAUUGGCUGGUUCAUAUUCACCACCAUUAUGCUACUAUGCACUCUGCGUUCUACGGUCAUGUUCUGUGCGCUGUUUUUCACACUUGACCUUGCUUUCUUGAUGCUGGCUUGUGGCAAUUUUGCCGCCGACAACGGCGCCGCGUCUGCUUCUGUCCACCUUACUAAGGCUGGUGGUGUCUUCGGCCUGCUUUCGGCCUUCCUUGCCUGGUACAAUGCAUUUGCCGGUAUUAUCGACAGCAGCAAUUCGUUCUUCGUCAUUCCCGUUUUUCACUUUCCCUGGUCCGAGAAAGGCUAUGAGGCUCGCAGAAAGGCUGCAAACGAGAGCGUGUAG